GUUAAUGGAAAAUUAGACAGAUAAGAAAAACGAAGACAGGGACAAUUUAGCGAUAAUAAUAUGGUAAAAAGAAAAGAAAUCAAAAUCAUUCGUAAACUCAAAGAAAUGUUUGAUUGAUCCACACCUUCACUCCACCACAAUCGGCCACCAUUUUCAUCCCCCAAUCUCUCUUUCCAACAAAUCCCAAACUCAUCAAAAUUCAAUUUCCAAAACAAACUCAACAAAUACUCUCCUUCACUACCUUCACACCUUCCUCACCUCCAUUCCCAUUUUAAACUCUUCUUCCUCUGCUUUCUCUCUCUAACAGACUAGAGAGAGAAAGAGAUAACUGGGAAGAUGAAGCUCUCGGCUUUGCAGCAGAGCUACAUGAACCGUCGGAGCAACAGUUUCAGAGGAUCGGCACCGUUGGAUUCGUCGGCUGAUGGUUCCGUUAAGUCCCCAGCCGCGAUCUUCUGGCUUGUACUUCACGGCCUUUGUUGUCUUAUAAGCCUCGUCCUCGGUUUUCGUUUUUCUCGACUCGUUUUCUUCUUUCUUUUCUCUACUUCUUCUUCUAACCUCUAUCCUAUGCCGUUUCGCUCCACUGCUGAGCUUGGUGGUGGAGCCCUGGACAUUCGCUCCACUCCUUCGAAUCUUGAAUUUCCGGUGAACAAGACGUCUAUUGGAAGCUCCAGUAGCCGUGUCGUCGUCGGGCGGCACGGGAUCCGAAUUCGUCCUUGGCCGCACCCGAAUCCGAUUGAGGUGAUGAAGGCGCAUCAGAUUAUUGACAGGGUUCAGAGGGAGCAAAGGCAGCAGUUCGGCGUCAAGAGUCCGAAGACGGUGAUUGCAGUGACUCCGACCUAUGUGCGGACAUUCCAGGCGCUACACAUGACGGGCUUGAUGCAUUCACUGAUGCUGGUUCCGUACGAUGUCGUUUGGAUCGUGGUUGAGGCCGGUGGAGUCACCAAUGAGACCGCUUCGAUCCUCACUAAGUCGGGGCUCCGAACCAUUCACAUUGGGCUCAAGGAGCGGAUGCCGAAUUCUUGGGAGGGUCGACACCGGUUAGAGGCGCGGAUGAGGCUUCGUGCUCUGAGAACUGUUAGAGAAGAGAAGCUGGAUGGGAUUGUGGUGUUUGCGGAUGAUAGUAAUAUGCAUAGUAUGGAGCUCUUUGAUGAGAUCCAGAAUGUGAAAUGGUUUGGUGCUGUUUCAGUAGGGAUACUUGCUCAUUCUGGUGAUUCUGAAUCUUCGGAGUCGAUUAUUGAAAAAAAGGAUGAUGAGCAGAAUCUGCCAAUGCCUGUUCAAGGUCCUGCUUGUAAUUCAUCCAACAUGUUAAUUGGGUGGCACACCUUCAAUUCUCUGCCAUAUGUGGGAAAGAGUGCUGUUAACAUCGACGAUAGGGGAACUGUGCUGCCCAGAAAAUUGGAGUGGGCUGGAUUUGUAUUGAAUUCAAGGAUAGUUUGGAAAAAUGCUGAAGAUAAGCCCGAAUGGGUUAAGGAUCUAGAUACAUUAGGCGGGAUUGGUGGGGAUAUGGAGAGUCCUCUUGUCUUGUUGAAGGACCCUUCCAUGGUGGAACCACUCGGAAGCUGUGGGCGCCAAGUUUUGCUUUGGUGGCUGCGUGUUGAAGCUCGUUUUGACAGCAAAUUUCCUCCCAGAUGGAUAAUUGAUCCUCCUCUGGAGGUCACUGUACCAUCAAAACGCACACCAUGGCCUGAUGCCCCUCCUGAACUCCCUACCAAUGAAAAUGUAGUGUUGGGCAUCCAAGAGCAUGCCGUAAAGCAUCCUACAAAGACCCGCACAUCUAGAUCAAAAAGACGAAGCAAGAGAAAGCAUGACACAAGAACGGUGGACACACAGGUUGCUUCAAAGCAUUCUGAACAAAUUUGAAAAUCUUAGCACGAAGACCGCUAGAGAUGCAUGCUGCUGUGUGAAUUUGAGGCAUCAUUCUUCAGCAUCCUAAAAAAAUUUGAAUUGCAAAGGCUUAUUAGCACAGAAGCAGAUGGCCUAACCUGGUAUAUGUGAAAAGAAUCCUUCACGCUGGGCCAGUUGAUAACAGGCAUUGGAGUUUGAAUUUUCACUUAAUUUUUCACAAAUUUUUUCUUUCUUUUAUAUAUUUUUGUUUGGGAUAUCAAGAUUCUGGUUCAGCAUGAGGUAUGCCAGCAAAGUCUUGCUGUGUCUGCUACCUUGUAGGACUUUGUAUCCAAUAUGUUUCGAAUCUUAUACAUAAUCUUGGAACAUAGGAAUUAUAGAGUUGUGUUCA